AAAAAGAGGAAUUAUACAAGGAAAAAAGAAGAUUUAUGUACAUAAAAUGGGUAGCAAUAUGGUAGAGAUUAGCAGAAGAAUGUUUAUUGGAGGAAUGGUUAAAGAUGGAGCGGAAAAGAUAAAUAAGAAUAAUGAAGAAAGAAUUUUAAAUGAUAUGGAAUAUUUAGAAGGAUUAAAAAGGGAAAAAGAGGGAUUGAAUGUGAUAUUUAAUAAAAUUGAAGUGGAAAUAAAGAAAACGGGGGAAAAGGUAUCAAGGUUAAUUUUAGAAAAUGAAGGAUUAUUUAAGAGAAGAUUUGAUCAAAAAAGAGAGAUUUAUGAGAAGAUAAGGGAAUUGAUUAGUAAUAUGACAGUUUUGAUGGAAAUUGAGAGGAGUAAUGAGGAAAUAUUAAAAACACUUAAUGAUAAAAAUGAAGGUAUGAGGGAGUUAAUUGAUUCUAUAGAAGUGAAAAAAGCAUUAAAAGAAACUAUUUUAAAAAUAAAAUUUAUAGCUAGUUUAAUAGAUAAAGCAGAGGAUUCAAUAGUUGAAGGGGAUUUAUUUAGAGCAUUUGAUUCAAUAAAUGAGGCGGAAAUAGAGUGUAAAAAUAUACGUGAUGAGAAAAAUGUAGUAAUUUUAUCUUUUUUCAAGGAAAAAAUAUCAGGGCUUAAAUUGAAUUUAAUUGAGAGAUGUAAUGAUAUUUGGGAAGAUUUUGUGCGUUUUGAAGAUGAAUUUAUAGUUAAGAAGCAAUUGAAAGGACCAUUUCAAAAAAAGGAAUCUAUGAUAUCAUUUAUAGAAUUAUCUAGACAAUUUGAAAUAUUUGAUCUUCAUAUGAUAAAUAUUUCUAAUUAUUUUGUAUCAAGGUAUUUUCAAUCUGUCUUAUCGAAUAAAGAGAAUUUUUAUACAUUGGAAUGGAGUGAAAAUGAUGAAGAGUAUCAAUUGAUUAUUAAAAUUGAUACAUCAAAAAAAAAAGAAUCGAUUUUUCCGUCUUUAUUUAUAUUAAUUAAUUUUAUAGAAAAAGUAUUUCCAUCUAUUAUAUUAUCAAGUUUAUCAAAACACCUUUUUCCUAAAAUACAGUCUUUUUUAACUAAUGACUAUAUAAAUGAUAUCAUACCAGAUGGAAUUGAUGGAUUAGAUAAAUUUAAUAGAAUACUUUUAGAGGGCUUUGAAUUUAAUAAAGAAAUUAAACAAACUAUAUGGAACAAUAGCUUAGAAAUUGAAAAAUGGAUAAAACAAGCAUCAGAAACAUGGAUUAUGAAAAUGAAAUCCAAUUCUAUUGAUUUAGCUAGGAAGGUUUUGAAAUUAGAAGAUUCUAACAAUAUUAUUAUUGAACAUAUACAAAAUACAAAAAGUAAACAGGUUGUUAAUGAUGAAAAGGUUGAUUCUACUGAUAAUAAUGAUUGGGAUUUGGAUUGGGAAAAUGAAGAUAAAGAAAUUUUUGAUGAUGAAAAAAAUGAAGCUACUAUAGAACAUGAUACUUGGAAACUGGAUAAUGAUAUAGAAGAUAAUCGUUUUGAAAAUGAUCAAUUGAAAGAUGAAUCAUGGGAUUGGAAUGAUGAUGAUGAUGAUGAUGAUGAUGAUGGUGGUGGUGAUCAGGAUUUAGAUACUAAAAAGCACCAUGACAUGAAAGAUAUAGAAAAUAAAAGAUCUGAUAAUGAUUUCUUAGAACAUGAAAACUAUGCUAUAUCUUUUUUUCCUAAAAAAAUUAUUCCUAUUCUUCAACAACAUCUUUCUUAUAUAAAGGAAUUGAUGAAGCCUCAAUAUAAAAAUUAUAUGAUGGCAUCUUUCUUUCCUCAAUUAUCUGAUUCUAUAAUAUUGAUUCUAAAUACGUAUAGGGCAUUGGUUUCUCUUCAUUGUAAUCAAUUGUUAAUAUCACCUAUGUUAUUAUAUAAUGAUUUUAUAUAUUUUUCUGAAUAUCUUCAAGAACUUUAUGAUGGUUCGACUGAAUUUCAAUGUAUUCUUGAAGAAAGCAAUAAUUUUCGUGAAGCUGGCAAUUUUACAUAUUUUCUUGAACUUAAAAUGCAAAAAAAAAAUGUUAUUUCAAUUCUUGAACGAACUCAUGGAUUUGUGGAUUGUACAGAUAAACAACAAAUUGAAAUAUGUUCAAUUGCACUUUGUGAUUUACAAAAAAUGUUUCAAACUUUAUCAGAAUCAUGGAGAAAAAUUCUUACUAGAGAAACAUUAUUUGAAUCUAUUGGUUGGCUUUUAGAAGUUGUUGUCGUUUAUAUCAUUACAGCAAUUAAAGAUAUUUCUGAUAUAUCUGAAGAAGAAUCUAACCAACUCUCAAUAUUAUUUAAUCAAUUUGCUCAAAUAGAAGAUAUUUUUACUGUUGAAAACCAAAUGUUUCCUGUAACACCAACAUAUGUUCCAAGUUGGCUUAAGUUUCGAUAUUUACUAGAAAUUCUUGAAGCUUCAAUGCAAGAUGUCAUGUAUUUAUAUAAUUCUGGUGCCUUGGUUGAUUUUGAAAAAGAAGAAAUUAUAGAUUUACUUAAAACAUUAUUUGCAGAUACACCAAAUCGAGCAGAAAAUAUUUUAAAAAUUAGAAAUAGUUGAUUUUAUAGAUAUAAAAAGAAUGAUUCCAAUUAAUUCU